AUGACGUACUGGCCGGAUGACAUCCCCCUGCUGCUGAGCGCCUUCAAGGCCGUCGGCGCUGGCGUCAUCGCGCAGCGCAACACCCUGAUGCGUGUCGCGGACACCGCGGGCCUCAUCAAGGCGCUCUCCAAGCUGCCGUCCGGCACCGAGUUUGCGCCCGAGGUGCCGCAGAUGCAGCCGACAUACUCGGGCGGGCGCCCGCCGGCGCCGGACGCAACCAAGUUCACAAUUAAGACUUGGAAUCUGGACUCCAAGCGCUGGGCUGCCUGGUCCCGCCCCGACACCGCCGUCACCGCCGUGGCGCAGUGGGUGUUCAGCAACGUGACGGUGGAGCAGACCACCUACACGGCCUGCUACCACGGCUCAGAAUUGCAGGGCAACGCCAACCCGGCCAGCGUGGCUCAGGUGGCCACGGGCCAGCAGCUGCUGGACCAGCUCAACAACGUGACCGCCAGGCACAUCCAGCUGGUGUCGUCGAUCAGCAUCGACCCGUCCACACCGGUCGGCGCGGCAACCGUCAACCGUAUUGUGGAGGUCCGCGCGUGCCAUCCUGGUGGCGGCGCAGAGGGCCUGUACACCAUAGACUGGGGCAACGCGCAGGGUGUCGUCCAGGUGGCGGGCAACCUGAUCUUCAAUGGUGACAUCAUCAUGACGGGCCUGGGCUGGCGGGGCCAGGCCGCGGGGGGCCAGGGCCUGCAGGCCGUCGUGUCAGCACUGGUACCGCUGGGCCCCCAGGGUGUGGUGGAAUUUGAGGACCUCACUCUGUCGGGCGAACUCGUUUCCUCGCUGCUCGGCGCCGACGGCGGCGCGGCCGCCGUCAAGGGGCUGCUGCGGCUGGGCCCGACGGUGCGGCUAGGGGACAUGCCGGCAAACUUCACACUGGUCGGGCCCAACGAGCUCGCGUUCAAGAACUUCUACCUGAACAAGAGCGACGGCGGCGCCGCCGGCCCCGCGUCUGGCGUCACGGGCUCCCUCUCGCGCAAGCAGCGGAGGGCGGCCACUGCGGCCGGCAGCGCCUAUGAGGACGAUGACGUGACGGUCGUCAAGGUUGGCCCCGGCGGCAAGCCCGCUCACAGCGGCAGCUCAGGCCAGGGCGGCGGCGCGCGGCGGCUGCCGUCGACGGCUUACGAGGAGCGGGUGAUGGUGUCCCGCGGCAGCGAGCCGGGCAGCGCGACCGGGCGCUCAAACCAGAGCGGGCCGUCGGCCGAGAUCCAGGCGGCUUGCAGGAACCUCGUUGCCGCGCGCCCCUCCGGCGAUGAGGACGAGAUGCAGCUCACCUCAGUCCUGGGGGAGGGCUCUUACGGCAAGGGCGUAGACAGCCCUCGUCGGUAA